GCCAGCCGCUGCUCAUCCAAUGUCGUCCUCAGGAGACCACGUGAAAGGGAAGAGGGUCCAGCCCCCUUGGUCUCCACCAGCAAGAACUGAUGUUCCACAGCUUCGACUGUACAACAGUCUGACAAGAGCCAAGGAGCUGUUUGUUCCUCAAAAAGGGAAUAAAGUCUCGUGGUACUGCUGUGGACCUACAGUGUAUGAUGCGUCACAUAUGGGACAUGCCAGAUCAUACAUAUCUUUUGACAUUCUCCGAAGGAUCCUGAGAGACUACUUCAAGUACGAUGUCCUCUACUGCAUGAACAUCACAGACAUAGAUGAUAAAAUAAUCAAAAGGGCCAGGCAGAACCAUCUACUGGACCAGUACAAGGAGAAGCAGCCACAAGCUGCACAAAUCAUGCAGGAUGUUCUCAGUGCCAGAGGGCCCUUCCAGGCCCAUCUGAUUGCCACCACAGAUCCAGAUAAGAAGCAGAUGCUGGAGCGGUUGGAUGCUGCUGUCAGCGCCUCCCUCGAACCCCUGCAGGUGGCAGUGGAGAGUACAGCGCCGGAUGAAGUUGUAGAACCUCUGGCCCAGGUGCUUUUGAAGAGAGCCAAGGACUUGCUGGCUGACUGGUUGGACCAGCAGCUUGGAAGUCAGGUUACAGACAAUUCCAUCUUCUCCACCCUCCCGAAAUUCUGGGAGGCAGAGUACCACAAAGACAUGGAAGCCCUCAAUGUUCUUCUUCCUGAUGUUCUGACUCGAGUCAGUGAAUAUGUGCCCGAGAUUGUGCAAUUUGUCAGUAAAAUUAUCUCAAACGGCUAUGGAUAUGAAUCCAACGGUUCCGUUUACUUUGACACUUCAAAAUUUGACAGCAGUCCGCAGCAUUCAUAUGCAAAGUUGGUGCCGGAGGCAGUUGGUGACCAGAAAGCUUUACAGGAAGGAGAAGGUGACCUCAGCAUCUCUGCUGACAGGUUAAGUGAGAAAAAGUCUCAAAAUGAUUUUGCCUUGUGGAAAGCGUCCAAGCCAGGAGAGCCAUCGUGGAAUUCUCCGUGGGGAAAGGGAAGGCCGGGUUGGCACAUUGAAUGUUCAGCCAUGGCGGGUUCCAUCCUGGGAGAGUCCAUGGACAUCCACGGCGGCGGCUUUGACCUCAGGUUCCCUCAUCACGACAACGAGCUGGCUCAGUCUGAGGCUUUCUUUGACAACGAUCACUGGGUCCGUUACUUCCUGCACACUGGUCACCUCACGAUCGCAGGCUGCAAGAUGUCCAAAUCUCUGAAGAACUUCAUCACUAUUAAGGAUGCCUUGUCAAGGAACACAGCUCGUCAGCUCCGACUGGCGUUCUUAAUGCAUUCCUGGAAAGACACUCUGGAUUACUCCGCCAACACCAUGGAGUCGGCCGUCCAGUAUGAGAAGUUCAUGAAUGAGUUUUUCCUCAAUGUGAAGGAUGCACUGCGCUGUCCCACUGACAUCACUGGACAGUCUGAGAAGUGGGAAACAGCAGAGAUGGAGCUUAACAACGGUUUCUAUGACAGGAAGUCUGCCGUCCACGAGGCUCUGUGUGACAAUGUGGACACUCGCACUGCCAUGGAGGAAAUGAGAGCGCUGGUCAGCCAGAGCAACACCUACAUUGCCAGCAGGAAGAGCGCCAAACUGAGGCCCAAUCGCAUGUUGGUGGAAAGCAUCGCUGUUUAUCUCACAAACAUGCUGAAGAUAUUUGGCGCCAUUGAAGGAUCCGAGCCCAUUGGGUUUCCAGUUGGAGGACAAAAUCAGAACGUCGAUCUGGAGAGCACGGUGAUACCAUACCUGACCGUCCUGUCAAAUUUCAGGGAGGGUGUUCGAAAAAUUGCCAGAGAGCAGAAAGUAACAGAGUUGCUGCAGCUGUGCGAUGAGCUCCGUGAUGAUACGUUACCCGAGCUUGGGGUCCGACUGGAAGAUCAUGAAGGGCUGUCAACUGUGGUGAAGCUGGUGGACAAGGAGAUGUUACUGAAAGAGAGAGAGGAGAAGAAGAAGAUUGAAGAGGAAAAGAAAAGAAAGAAGGAAGAAGCUGCCAGGAAGAAACAAGAACAAGAGAUGGCUAAACUUGCAAAGAUGAAGAUCCCACCAUGUCAAAUGUUCCGCACAGAGAUCGACAAAUAUUCCAGCUUUGAUGAAACGGGUUUCCCCACUCAUGAUGCCGAAGGGAAGGAGAUCAGCAAAGGUCAAGUCAAGAAGCUCCGCAAACUCUAUGAGGCCCAGGAAAAGUUACACAACGAGUAUCUUCAGACGGCCCAGAAUGGCAGCUGAGCCCGUUUCCAAACCAUCCACUCGGCACAAUACCUCCAGAAUAAACCAGACCGACAACGCCGGCUGUGUCGUAGGAAAACACGCUGUUGAACGUCACAAAAACAGUUUAUAUUUCAUACAGAUGAUGGCUACGCAAGUAGAAUUCCAAUGUUGGGGAAAACUAAACCCAAAAUCUUUCAUUAUGUCUCCACAGCAGCAGGAACGGAUCAUCUCCAGCUCUGUUCUCCAAACGCAAAAUCACGGUGCUCACUGAGCAUCUUGUGUUCGAUUCCUGUUUCACCAGUUUCACUGUGCUGCUUAAUAAAAGUGGAAAUCACUCAAUCAAUAAAUACAUUUAAAAAAAUUAGUUUUUAAAGGUGAUUGUCUCGCCGUGUCUCUGUUUGGUUAAUUGAAGGUCUUGUUGUCACUGAAUCUCUGAGAUGCUGCCAUUCAGAUGAAGUGAUUUAUUCCAUAUGUCAGGAUAAAAUAAGCUUAAAAAAAUCAUUUUGCAGUCAUAUAAUUUUAAAUAAAACCUGUGUUGGAACAA